GAUGCUCUGAAGAAGCAAGCUGUGUGAGGGAUCGGAGAAGGCAGCAUGGCUCACCGGUUCUCCGAAGAACAACUCGCCAUCGUCAAAGAGGUCUUCUCGCACUUCGACACAGAUGGCAACGGCACCGUCACCCCGGAGGAGUUGGGGACAGCCCUGCGCUCCUUAGAGCAUAUUUUACUCCACCUCGGAGAGAAGUUCACGGAUGAGAAGAUGGAGCACAUGAUCAAGGAGGCUGACGUGGACGGGGACGGGAAGGUGAACUACGAGGAGUUCAUCAAGAUGUUGGCGGAGCUGUGAAGACCCAGGGCAGGUUCUA